UUGAGGCUACCGGAGCAGUUUUCAGGUUUUCUUCUGAGAGCCGUCAGACAGGCAGAGAGUGGCAGACAAACCCCAGCCAUUGUUCCAGAAAAAUCAUGAUUUUAUCCCCGAAGCUGGAGCUGUACGGUCCGUGGAUUUAACUUCACCUCAAAAACUACAAACAUGUGAGUAAAAGUACCUUUUCUGUGUGUUUUUGUGCGGUGAGAGGCAGAAGGUGGAGUACACAGUCAGAUAUAACUGGGCUGGUAGUUCAGUACCUGUACAUACCAUCACACACACACACACACACACACACACACACACACACACACACACACACACACACACACACACACACACACACACACACACACACACACACACACACAGUCUUUGUAGCUUUGAUAUUUAAAGGAUUUUAACUCUGCUCAGAGUUAAAAUCCUUGAACUCUGAGCCCCGGACAGUCAGCGGGUCACAGUUAAGCUGUUUUUAAGUUUCAUUUUGAGAUAACUGAAGUCCGUAUAAAAACACAGAUAACAUGAAUGUGCCAUAAUACAUUGUAAACUAAUGUGUGUUAUAGGAACCAGGUCAAUGCAUUGAUAGUUACUCAGUUAUUAGCAUGGAGGCUAACUGCUGUUAGCUGCUCUCUACAGCUUCUCUCUGAUGCCUUUAUGUAAAGUCAAUGUUGAAAAACGAACCCUCUCUAAUUUCUGCGUCUGUGACACUAAACUUUAAGUUUUAGACAUUUAUUCAUGCUCUGUUUGUAACUUUGUCCUCCGGUCAUGCAGUCAUGUUCCUUAGAUUUAACACAUUUAAAGGAUUUAAUGUUUGAAGGAUCGCUGUCAGGGUUCGGGUUCAGGUGUUUGGAUAUUCGGUGUGUUGUGUCAGGGGCGUGUCCAUACGUAGAGACUGGGGUGGCCCAAGCUCAUGUAAGGGUGGCAUGAAGGGUUUUAUGUACCAGGAACUUCUCUUCAAGGAGCCAGAAGGUUUCUGUGGCCCUUUUUUCUGUCUGUUUCCACCAGGGUCUUUAGUCCUGGAAAGAUAAGACCAGAUACAUCCAGGACAUCGGUAGAUUGAGACCCUUGUAUGGCUCUUUUAUUGGCGUCUGAUAUGAACUAUGAUAAUGAUUUUAAAAAAUCAUGUUGGCAGCAGGUAAGCUGUAUUAAUUAUUGGAAAACAUCAAGUUACAGGAAAUAUUUCAUCUUGGGUUUAACGCUCUAUGGUGCUUUUGCCUGUUUGUCCCUCAGCUGAUGUCUGUGUGUAAAUAAAGCACCAGUCUAUAACAGUGUUGUUUUCGUUGAUGAAAAUAUUUCGUCAACGCCCCUUUUUUUCCACGAGAUGACAUUGACAAGCUAAACAUAAGUCUUAGAUGACUUAUGUUUGGGUUUACGUUGACGAGACUAGACAAAAAAGUUAGUGGUGGACGACGAACAGAGUUGCAAAAUUCAUGAGCAUUUCAUCAGUCAAACGCUAAACAUAUAUUCUGCAGUGUUGUUUUUGUUGACGAUGACGUUGACAAAAUAUUUUCUUCAACGUCAUCGUCAACGAAAACAACACUGGUCUAUAAUGUAGCAGAUUUCCUGAUGAGACUAACCCCUAAAACUGUUACAACAUCCCCUGGUAUGAAAAACAGAGUCAUAAUUCAUCUAUGUUUAUAGUUUUGCAGAUUUUAUAUGUAAAUUAAGUUUCUGUUUGUUAACAGACCCCCCCCCCCCCCCAAGUGGGGACUUUUACAGGGGUGGAUCAGUUACCCUUGAACUAAAUCUAGACCUUAGUUCCUGUUGUUGAAAUGCACAGAGUUGCUCAUAGGUCCCUAGUUCUUGGUGCUGCUGAAAAAAACAUUUAUUGGCAUGUUUUGAUAACCAGUCAUCAUUACCAACAAAUGUUAUUUUGUGCAGGAGUUUGUGAUGGACUGACCCCUCUUAUACACACCUGUACAGCCGGGUAAAAUACUGUAUACUGCAAUAUGUCCUCACCCUGAGCACGAUUAGAGCAUAAUCAGCUGCAGUUCUCUAAACCAAGGGAAGGGAAUAUGAAGUUAUGCUCCCUUCUGGUUGAACCACUAAGUCUUUGUGUUGUCACAAGCCAAACCAUCUACAGGUACAGCAGAAAACUUCAAACAGUGUGGCAUGCACUCAGAUUUAUAAUGAAUAAUAUCAGCAAUUUUAAUUGGAUGCACAGUAUUUUUAACAUGAUAUUAAUAUGGGCAGAUGAUAGCUGAAAAAGUUCUUCAUCGGUGACUUGUAUGAACUCCUCUGCAGAUUUGAUUCUUGACUUAAAGGGUGAUGCAGUCAUUUUGUGCACCUUUGCACAUGUUGGCUUUAUAGGAAGUGUUGUAAAGAUGCAUCAUCCUCCCAUUUAUCCAUUAUUUAAAAUUAAUUCCAUUAAUCAUAUUGGUGUAAUCAAAGGCUGUUUUUAUUGUUUUAUGUCUGUUCCUUAAACAAAUCAAUUAGAGGUAAAGGAGAAACUUAGAGUGAAUAUAUCUGUAUCAGCCAGAAGAACUUUGAAAAUACCAGCAUAUCAGAUAUCAGCAAAAAUCCAAUAUUGAGUAUCCCUAAUUAUAAUGGUCUAUAAUACUUGGUUUAACCCUCUCAAGUUCAGCUGGAUUUGUCCACAAACUACAAAAGUUUAUUUAUUUUAAAUGUGGACUUCACAUCCAGUUAUCGGUAAGUGGAAAAUCAAAUCAGAAUCUGAAACCAACUUCGAUUUAUUCAUGGACUAUUUUACUCAAACAUGGAUUUAGAACUGUUGCAGAGUGGGCUUGCAUUUGCAGAGAAUUGUCAUGGUGGUGCAUGUAAAUGUAGAAAUAGAUCAAGUAGAUUGAGACGAUAAAAAAGGAUAACUAAAAAAUAGUUUGUAGUAUAAGAAAAUAUCUAAAAUGUGUUUGUUUGAUGUUAUGAGGAGUUAAAAAUCUAAAUGUUGCAGGUUAGCUGAAUAAAUCAAGCCUCAUUGUGUUUCCCUGAGAGUCCUCCACCACUUUACAAUAACUGUAAGCAGCAGUCCACCCUCAGGUCCUCUUAUUGGCAUGUAUGUUUACAAAGCUCACAGUGUUAUGGAUUAGCUGUCAGAGAGGUAAUCACACAGAUCGAUGGGUAGAGCUAUGCUGUCUGUGUGUGUGUGUGUGUGUGUGUGUGUGUGUGUGUGUGUGUGUGUGUGUGUGUGUGUGUGUGUGUGUGUGUGUGUGUGUGUGUGUGUGUGUGUGUGACUAUAUAUCUCUGCUGUAUUUUCAGUGUGAUCCUGUGGAGCAGGCUCAACUGUGAGGUGUUCAGGUGUUCAAUGUUAUUGACUGUUCAAAAUGUCAUAAUAACCCGUGGAGCUGUAAUGACAUCACUGUGAGAGCUUGUCUAGAUGGUUUGUGUUUUCUUUAAAUCGACAGGUGCAGCUUCAGUUUUUAUCAUCCUCUACACGUUUAGGAAAAUGUGAACAGUCUGAUGUAGUGACACAAAUAUAGUAAAGAAGGAGGUCCAUGUAUGGUGAGCAGGUGUUUAUGUGCAGGACCAGACCUGUGUGGUCCUGGAGGAUGGUGUUAACCCAAGAUCUGAACAUGUUGACAGAAAACACUGAAUUAAAGAUGUUUUUAUUGAUUUGAUAGAGGGGGUGCAGGAUGUGCUGAGCAGAGUGGAGGUGAGAUGAGUUCAGGUAACACCUCAGGUCUGUUUAGCAGUCAGUGUUAGGCUGAGUCAUGUUUUUGGUUUACAGAUUCAGGAUUGUGUUAUUUUGAAGGCUCACGUGGACUGGCAUGGUUUGACUAGAAAUACAUGUUCACGGGUUAAUCCAACUAAAACAGAACUUAACUGGAUUUCUCUAAGUCUGACCAACAGGUGAGGAAUGGAUUUUCUCUCGCUGAAUUAAAAUGUCAAAUUCUGUCCCUUUUGGAGCGUCCCCAGUUGAGUCAUUGUCAGGUUGAGGGUAAAGGUUUAGACAUUACUGUUAAGAGACAGCGGACGGGAUGAGGUUUUUGUCUGGAAACACCACUUGCACAUGAACAGGACUCGAGAUCAGAGACAUCACUUUGUCCAUAGAGGCUGCCAGGACCAUUACAAAUCAAAGGUUCCUCAAAGCAGCUUUAACCAACCCCUGAAAACAAAGCAGCUAUUACACAGAGGUAAAGGAGUCUUACAAGAAAAUCACUGAAUCCACUGGUCUGAACUCUUGACUGCCAGCGUCUCAGACUGAUGGAAGAUGCAGGCCACCUCAAGUGACUGAUACCAGAUACCAGUGCUGGUAUCAGUGUCUGCCUAAAUGAGUUUGUGAGGACUGGAUCUUAGCAAAAACACACUGUCAUGCAGAAUUCCCUCCUCAGAUAUCUGAGGAACAGAAGCUGUCUGCUCUCAUCUUACUGUGGUGUUGAUGUUGGUCAGGUCAGUAACUAAGUCAGAGUAUUAAAGGGAUAUUCUGACGUGAAAGCUGGUGGUUUUGUGAUCUCAGGUCAACAGAGCGGACUUGAACAUGUCAGAGUGUGUGUUCAGGCUGACCUCAGUCUGCCGGGUCACUUUGAUCAGUAAACAGACUCUCUUUAGGAAACUCAGCAACUCAGAAUAACAAUCAUGUGAUGAUGGAUUUUGUUUUGAAACAGCCGUCAUUGUGAUGAUAAUAGCUAUUAUAACAAUCAUGCUCACUCCAGGUAUCAGCUGCUGUGAGUCCCUCUGUUUGUUCAGCAGCUGUAACUCCAGCCUGCAGAGACUCCGAUUCAUUUACAGUGAACUGAAGACACUUGAUGCAAAUGUUUCAGUCUGACAGGGCAGGAGAGUUAGAGACUGUCCUGAGCCCCCCACCACACACACACACACACACACACACACACACACACACACACACACACACACACACACACACACACACACACACACACACACACUGAGUGGCCCUGGGCAACAGGUCCAGUGGUGCAGCUAUGCUCACUGACUACCAGCAUGUUUACACGGCUUCAGUCUAUUCAGCUGCUCUGUUGAUAUUCUGCUGUUGAUAUUCUGCUGGUGAGCUGUGCUGUGUGUGUGUGUGUGUGUGUGUGUGUGUGUGUGUGUGUGUGUGUGUGUGUGUGUGUGAGUGUGUAGCUACGCUGCAUUAUAAUGAGCCUUAAAAGUCUGAGCAGUGAGUGUAGAGUGUUUUAAGUGAAGGUGUUCAUAUUGAGGAGAAGGCGGAGGCUGACACAGAUUUCUGAACUUGAUGGAGUUUGGAAAAUACUUACAUGUGUUGUAGUAACACUUCAGUUACAGAUGAAGUCAACUAGGACACAAGAGUUUAUGAACUGUGAGUGUUUCCUGUAAAGUCUUUCUAAUGUAAACUGCUGCUGGCCUGUUGGCUCCUGGUCUCUGUUUGCUGUUUGGACUGAAGCGGACCGUGAAAACAUCUCUGUGGUGGAUCUAUGUGAGUGUUGACUUUGGCAGUUUAAAUCCUCGGUCUCCUGUUUGUCAGUGAAGUUUUUCUCCCUGUUUACAGUGGAGGACACAGCAGGACGAUUUGAUAUAACAUCGGCAUACAGCUGGAACAGACUGACAGUCACUCUUCUAGGAUAAUAAAGCUACAGUUGAAGUUUGAUCAUUUAGACAAGGACUGGUCUUUUUAUGGUCUGUCUUCUCAUGAUUUGUAGACAAAGUCAGAAACAUUUAAAGGGAUAUUCAGGCGUAUAUUUAAGUUACUGUCAAACACACUGUAACACCGAGUUAGACAAUCCCUCGAGAGAUGAAUGUUGCAGACUGCUUGCUUGCCAACUUCAGCAAUGACCACGCAUAAACCUCAACCAAAAAGCCACUCUAUAGCCACAAAUAAUGCUCAGAGCAGCACCUAACUUCAUCAACAGUACAUAGAGGGUCCCAGCCACAGCACUAGCCACCAAACAUCUUUUUAGUUUUGCCUGAUUUCUUUAGCAAAGAGUCUAAAUACAACUCACCUGUUCUCCUUCAGCACCCGCUAUUUGUAGGGGAGCACUGAGAAGUCGAUCACCAAGUGCAGCGGAUCAUUUUCAUUAAGUAAUAAUCAUCAUCAUAAUCAUUUUGCACUGCAGACGCGGUAGUUCUUCUGCCCUACCGUCUCGGUCUGAUUGCAUUUUCACGAAGUAAUAAUCAUAAAUGUUCUUCCCUGAGCUGCGAAACUCCGCUGCACUCAGUAAUUAACUCAUCAGGGCUCCCACACAAACAAGCAGCUGCUGGAGGAGAGUAGGUGAGUUGUGUUUGGUCUCUUUGCUAAAGACACAAGGCAAAGCUAAAAAGAUGUGCAAUGGCUAGUGCUAUGGCUGGGACCCUAUAUAUACUGUUGAUGAAGUUAGGUGCUGUUCUGAGCAUCAUUUGUGGCUAUAGAGUGGGGUUUUGGUUGAGGUUUGUAUGUGGCUCCUGAGACCGCUGUGUAUUGCUAUCGUGUGGUCAUUACUAAAGUUGGUAUAACUAGAGAAGCAAGCAGUCGGCAACAUUCAUCUCUCUCGGGGGUGUCUAACUCGGUGUUACAGUGUGUUUGACCCUAAAUUAAUUAUACGCCUGAAUAUCCCUUUAAAUUUACAUCAGAAUAUCCCUUUAAACAUCAAUGUUUCAGGCCAGGUUUAGAGAGCUCCCACAUUCUGCCCCAGUAUUGACUGAAGAACACAGUAAUGACGGAUAUUGAAUAAUUUAGCGUUAGGAACUUGUAAAAGGAGCUCCGUGGAACAGAAACUCUAAGCAGUGACACGCUGGCUGAUCUUUGGUCAGUGAGUGAGGGUGGAUGAACUUUAAAACACUUAAACUGGCUGUGUUUACAUGUUUACAGUGUUUCUGGGUCAGAGUUAUCCACCUCCCACACACACACACACACACACACACACACACACACACACACACACACACCCAUAGAUGAGACUGUGUGGUCAGGGUCUGUGGCAAUAAGCUAUAAGUAACGUUCAGCUUCAUCAGGCAGGACAGCUGCAGAGAGAAAGGAAAUGUUGGGAGAAGAGAGUGAGGGAAGACAUGCAGCGUAAGCUCACGGCUAGUCGUCAAACUCGGGCUGCAUGAUCAUGGCAAAAGUCAUAAGAAUGAGUUUUGAUUCAUAGAGAGAUCAAGAUUAUAAAACACCACUACCCACAAUUUGACAUCUGCAUCACACGUAUUUGUGGAACUUAAAACUUCUUUAAAACAUCAAAACUCUUAAUUCUUUGAAAAACAAUAAGUGGUUAAAAAAAACACAUUUUAAUAACUAAAGUAUGUCUCUGUCUGAAUGAUAUAAAGGUUUUAAAGGUCACCAUGCAUCACUUCUUCACCUAAGAGCUUCAUUUUGGUAAAAAUAUUUAUUGAAUGAAAUGUCAGAUUUCACUUGUAUUUAUGCACUGUGUCAUAAAAAUUCACUCAGAUUUCAACAAAUCAGGCUUUUUAAAAACAUCUCUUCUAACCUCAAGACUUGAAUUUCAUUAGGAUUCAGAGUAACAACUUUCACUAUCAUUAGCUUGUUAGCACUUAUAAAUGUUCCUCAUCUCUACAGCCCUCAUCAUCCUUAGUCUGUCCCCUGACUUUUCACACACUCACUAACAUGCACACCUGCCUCCUCCUGAGUUUAGUAAAUAAAUAUGAAAUUGGUCACUGGAUCUGGAUAUCUCUGGACAUAAGUAAACGUUUGCUCUCUGUAGGUGAAGUAGUCCUGCAGUAGAUGACAGCAGCUGUUCCUGCCCUCUGUCACAGGGUGUAGGAUGUUGUCUUUGGAGGAUGACUCACUGUUGGUGGUGGACAUGUUGAGGCAGAGGCAUUGCUUUUCACUUCCCCAAUGCAAGCAAAGGCUCGUGCUGUAGUAACGUGAGUGACUAACAGGUGCUGGUCUACCUGAGCACUGACAGUCUGAAUGCCUAUCUCACUAAUACUGCCACCUAGUGGAGAUGUGGGUAAUCGUAUAUAAUCAUCUCAGUCUGCUGCUAUUUUACUUACAGGAGAAACAGGGAAACACCUCACUUAUCAGUGGAAUCUAUCUGUAGUGGUCUGUGAUGCAGGGUGGGGGUAAUGAAUCAGCUGUGUGAUCACCGACGAUAACUUGCAAAUGCUAAUACUGCUGCUAAUACGCUGCUUGUUUUUAUACUGAUACACGAGUCCGAGGUACAGCCACGGAAUAAAAAAAACAAAUUUUAAGGUGUGGCGGCUUUUAUUAAGCUGUGGCGGUGUGCCAGUUGCAUGUUGGGGAAACCCUACUUAUACAAACGCUAGAUGUCAGGAUUCUAAUACAAUGAUAUGGUGAACAAAAAUGAAAUAAAUCACCAACAAUAAUGACCAUAUCUUGAGUGGAUAGUGUGGUAGUUUUGUUUGAUUGUGUUAACUUUUGGAUAUCUGUGUAUAAGCUUCUGUCAAAAUGAUUUGCAGGAUAACUGCGGGCGCUGUCUGGACUAAAAUGACAAUCAGUACAUGGUUAGAAAGCGCUGUUGUUUAUCAGAAUGAUGCAUCACAGUGUUGACGUCCAGAUUCAGUGAAGCUCCAGUUUUUCCCUUUCUCUGUCUCGUGUUUUUGUCAUUACACACACACUUAUUACACACAAAGAGGCACACUGAGCAGCAUCACGUCUGACUUGCACUCCAAAAAACACAAAUGUGUGUGUGUGUGUGUGUGUGUGUGUGUGUGUGUGUGUGUGUGUGUGUGUGUGUGUGUGUGUGUGUGUGUGUGUGUGUGAGCAGGAGUGAGUGCAUGCGCGCUAGUGUGCAUGUGUGGGUCCAAUCCUUUGUUUAUUCACACACAAUGAUUUAGUGCAGCCACAAGCACUUUACUGUGAAGUGUGCAUUGUGAUCUUUGAAACAUGCACACACACACACACACACACACACACACACACACACACACACACACACACACACACACACACACACACACACACAGAGCCUGUGACUGAUCUGUUUGGUCUCUGGUCUACAAAUGCAUGUCAGCAGAUAGAGACAUCCACACACAGACGAACACAAAGGCUGAGCUGAAGCUGCUGAAACAGCGUUUGAACCUGCAUGUGUAGCUGCUGAAGACCGUGUGGGAUGGUUUUGUGAACAUAUUUGUGGGAUACAGCUGAUAUGCUCUCACUGUGUUACUGUGUUACUAUCUCUUCAUCUAUAUUUGAUAUUUAAAAUCGCAGUGUUUGAUGGAAAAUCCUGCCUCUCCUUUGUUCUGGUAGUUUUGUUAAAGGCUGAGAGAAGGUAACAUCUGUAAGUGAAAGAGUCGUGGUGCAUGUUGCUGUUUUGCUGUAAUGAGCUGCUGUAGGUAAACUGAUGAAUAUAUUAAUGAAGGAGCUGAUAGUGGAGCUGUAACAGAGCUGCAGGUCUCAGAGCAGUGUUAGGACGCCCAGCACUGUGGUGUUGUGGGUUUAAAGAAGAAUAUAAGCAGACUUUAUUUACUGCUGUUCAUUGAGCAGCCGUGGACAGAUUCACACCCCCAGAUUAACGGAAAAGGUUUGCACUGUUUUUGUUGUAGGUAAACCGGUGGAAAAGGGUUAAAUCAUGCACAGCACAAUGAACAGCAUCUCUGUGCUUUAGCUCUGCCUGCAUGCAUUUAAAAUCAUCCAUCAUGCAUCUGUCUGGGACAAACUAGUCUCCUCUCUGUGUAAAAAAGACCAACUCACAAACAGCCUCACACAGUAAAGGCAACAUUUAACCAUCUGCUGAGAGCUGGUGGGACCUGCUCCACAUAUUAGAAAAGAGACCUCACGCUCUAUCAUCCCUGUAAUCAUGACAGCGUUUCCACCUCUGGAUAACCGAAAAAUGAGAUCUGUGCAUAUAGUGCUGCAGGAUUUAAGACGGUUGUGUGAUGAUGUUAUGGUGGACAAUAUCAGGGAAUAUGAUUUUGCUUUCACCUUCAGUGUUGACUCGCUCGUCAUGCUGCUCAUUAGUGUCCAUGUUGGUCACUGUUAGGGUUGGGCAUCAUCUGAAUCUGAACGAUUCCGCUUCCUAACGAUUCUCUAUUCUGAUUCUUUUCAAAGACAGGAUUAUGCUGAGUUCCAGUUACCUCUGAAGUCGGAUGUCGGAGCUGGGAAUUACAUUACGCCUGAGUUGAUGGCGUUCCAGUUAACAAGUCGGAAAACCAAGAUGGACGCCUACUGUUAGCUGUUGUUAGCUGCUGUUUACAAUUGUCAGUUGUCGUUAGCCGUUGUCAACGGUUGUGUUAGUUGUUGUUAGCUAUACCACUUGUUAACAACACAUAAAACAGUAUUUUGCUCUUACAAACACCAUAGCACCGUGUUCAGGGUGUUCACAAAAACAAAACAAAAGUUAAUAGAAUAGUAAAUAAUAUAUUACGAGAGCUUUCACUGUUACUCUUUACUGUUGAUGCACUGCGCUGCCAUCUUGGAUAAUGAGGUUGUCAUCAAGUCGGGGUUGGUGAGGAUCGUCUGACUUUCCAAGUUGAAAAACCGACUUCAUGGGGGCGUUCCAGAUGAAUUUCCGACUCAAAGCUCAGAAAAUCCGACAUCCGAGUACAACUGGAACGCAGCAUUUAAAAAAUAAAAAUGCAUGGUUUAGAUCCUAUGAACUUCUUGUGAACUUUACUAUGAAUUUCUCACAGGGCUAUUUUCAACCAGUAUAUAAAUAUAAAUCUUUGUUGUCAGUUCCCCAUGUGUCCACUAGGGGCUGGCUGUAAAAGCCCCUCAGGCCACAUACACAUCCAUAUGAAGUGACUAUCUUUACAGCAGAAUUAAACAUGUUUACAGCCUGAUACCCAAAUAAUUCUGGUCCAAAUGCUUCAUUUCUCAUAUAAGCACAGAAAUGACUCUGCCUUAGAUACUUGGUUGGUCAUGCAGAGUUGAUUUAAAUCAGUUCACAUCCCUGAAACUAAGACUAUAUUUAAUCCCCUGUGUGCUUUACAGACACACAAGCACACCGCCAUUUAAACCCCAUAUUUCAGCCUUUUCUGCACGUUCUCACACUGUAGCUGCAGCUAGACUAGAUCAGUCAUGCAGCACUAGUCUGAUCCUCCUGAUUUUGCAAAGGGCAAAGUAAACUGACUUAGCGAUCGAGGCCACAUGAGCCUUAAAGGUUAGAGUCCUGAUGGUAAAGCCGGGUAUUGAUUUGUGGUUGUAUAGUGGCUGCCGCAUUUUUAAUCAAUUUAGCCGUAUUAACACGGCAUAAUAGGAUCAGAGCCAGGACUGUCAAAUCACCUGACAGCAGAGUGUCCUUUCUGAUAAAGCCCAGAUGUCAAACAUGCUUGACACUUACAGAAGAUGAUACGUGAGAGUGAGAGUCCUCCUCUCAUCACCAAAUACAAGUAUGGGUGUUAAAAAAAAACUGAUUCUGACAUCCGAGAAAAAAUUUUGUGUCUUCUGUCCUUGUCGUCUCUGCACAGUUGGAGGGAUCGUUCCUUUGCGUCUCCGUGGCGGUGCCAAACCCAGCGGCCAUGUCCGUGACUGUUCAUGAGAAUAGAAAAUCCCGCACCAGCACGGGCUCCAUGAACAUCUCACUGUUCCACAAGCCUUCCCAUCCGGACAGCGUGCUGACUCACCUGAACACCAUGAGGAAGCAGUGCAUGUUCACCGACGUCACGCUGUGGGCCGGAGACCGGUCCUUCCCCUGCCACAGGUGAACAGACACACACCUUCAGCUCCCUUCAGUGCCACUGAUCCCGAUUCCUCUGACUUUAAAGUGACACCUUCAGCUCUCUCACAGGUGUGUAUGUGUGUGUGUGUGUGUGUGUUUCAGGGCCGUCCUGGCAGCGUGCAGUCGAUACUUUGAGGCCAUGUUCAGCGGGGGUCUACGAGAAAGUCUGGACAGUGACGUUAACUUCAGAGACAGUAUACACCCAGAGGUAUGUCUGCUGUCCAUGAACACACAUACAGCUCCUCUUCAUAUUAACCUGUGUGGCCUCUGUAUGGAGCAGGGCAAUAAAUCCACUUUAUUAAAAUCCACUUUAUUUGGUGACCCUGUGAAGAACAAGGAGGAUUUUUCCCAGCCUGACUCCUCCUGUCACCAAAGUCUGGUACAAAGACUUCUCAAGUUCAGUAAGAGACUCUCUGACCCCGACUCUUCCUCUCUCUCCUCAGGUCCUUGAGCUCCUGCUGGACUUUGCCUAUUCCUCCCGAGUCAUCAUAAACGAGGAGAACGCUGAGUCACUGUUAGAGGCCGGAGACAUGCUGCAGUUCCACGACAUCAGGGACGCAGCGGCAGAGUUUUUGGAGAAGAACCUGCACUCGUCCAACUGCCUGGGGAUGAUGCUGCUGUCAGACGCUCAUCAGUGUAAGAGGCUGUACGAGCUGUCGUGGAGGAUGUGUCUGCUGCACUACGAGACGGUAACUCAGCCACCUCAUGGCCCAUCAGUGUGUUCUUAUGUAAUAACUGCUGCGGGGACCCAAACGUACCCUACACAGAACCAGAAUGAGGACGAGCUGUUCUCUCAUGUCAUACAUCUGGGGAUAUACUGUGCAGGCAAUUAAAUAUAUAUAAAUUUCUGACUGCUUCCUAUUAAGCUUUCAUAACCGCUGCCAUCACAACCACUCACUAGAAAGAACAGGUGGACUUCAGUUAGACACAUUCAUAAAUAACCAAACAAGUUACCUUUCCCAUGAGUGGACCUACAGGCUGAAAAACCUCUGACAUCCUCUCCUCUGACUGAAUAUUUUCCACUCUAACACCUGGAUUGGUUCAGAGAAGUAUUCAUGUUUUCUCAAGGUUAAACUCUAAUGCAGUGAGGCGGUGUGCAGAAGCUCUCAGAGGCUCUUCAGUGUUUUUCAGCAGAUUUGGGUGAUAGAUCAAAUUGAACUUUGUGUGUGUUGAUAUAAAACAUUAAGUGGAGUGUUUUAAGCUUUUAGUCCUUUGGUUAGAUUAAUUUGGCUGCUGACAGUUUUUCCCCCUCUGUUAAGGCAGAGUGAAAUAUUGCUUAAUUAAUUGGAUCUGUAGUGUAUCUGAUUUAAAAAAUGACAUCAUACAGCCAGCGCUGAAAAGCUGAAUAAACAGUUUAUUUUCUAAAGCAGAGUUUGGCCUUUGACCAACAGCACCACAGCAUAUUUCAUCCUCUGCUGCAGUAUAUGGACUACUUCAUUCAAUCAAACCUGAUUCAUAAACUGUUUAUAACUUAGACAGUACAGGGCUGGCCGGAUUUCAUUAUAAAAACAAGUGAGCACAUAAAAAGAGAUGAAAAUCGAAACAAAAGUUUGCAUGAGGUUAAAGGAAGUUGAAGGAACUUCUGGCAGCUGAAAUAUGCUGAGUAAGAUAUUAUUAAAAAAAGAAUUACAUGGUCAGCAAAUACUGUAGAGCCUUUAUUACUCUGGUAAUGGCAUGAAGACAAGAAACAAGACAAAGGAAACUGACAAAGACAGAAAGAGUUCUUAGAGGAACAACCAAGCAAGUAAAAAGCUUGAUAGAGGAACAACCAAAGAGGUGAAAAUUUGUUAAAGAAGAAUGACGAAACAGGUAAAAAGUUGUUAUAGAGGACAGAGGAUAUCAGGCAAGACAGUGACACCAUUUCCUGUCAAACUCUAGAAACUGGUUUCUAAUUUUACAAAUAAAUCAAUAUCUUUUAUUAGGUUUUCAAUGGAUAUGUUGUCUCUUCCUUAUUUUUUAAAUGUAGGCUUAAAAUAAUUUCAAAACUUUCAAGUUCUGUUCUUAUCAACUGUCGACACAGUCCCAUCUUUUUAAAAUCAUUGUUGUGCAAAAGGACUUUGUAAGUUCGAUGUUGAGUUUGAGGACAGUAACUCAUGUGUUUGUCUGUCUUCAGAUGAGAGAGUCUGAGGAUUUCUACAGUCUGAAUAAAGACAAACUGCUGGAGCUGAUUCUUAGUGAUGAGCUGGAAAUUGAAGAUGAACAGGUAUGUGAUCAUUGUUUGUUACCAUUUUUUUCCCUUUAUUUUUUCCUUCUCCUCUCUUUGGUCUGAAUUGAACUUUUCAGUAUCAUUAAGCUCAAUAAACACACUUUUCAGGGUGUAAAAUGUUCUUGUAUCUAAAUCACAGAGAGCAUGAAGACACCAGUUUACAGCGUCUCAGUGUGUCUUUGAUAGUGUUUGGUAAAGUGACCCACUCAGUGCCUUUGUUUGAGUCUUAAAUAUUAAACUCGGUCGACUCGUUGCAGGUGGUGUUUAACUCGGUGAUGCGAUGGGUUCGGUUUGACCUGGAGGGUCGGCGUCACCACCUGCCCGAGCUGCUGCGGGGCAUCAGGCUGGCUCUGCUGCCGUCUGAGUGUCUGCUGGAGGCCGUGGCCUGUGAGGAGCUGGUGAUGGCCGACAAGAGGAGCAGGUAGGCUGAGAUAGAUGCUGAUGGAGGAUUUCUGCCUCUCUCCUGCUCUGUUUUUAAACCUCUGUUCUGUGGAAGGUAACUGAACUAACAUUGCAGAUGUCUGUUAGCUGACUGAAGGGGAGAUGAGUCUGAGAUGUUUUGGCAUUUUGAUGAAUACGUAAGUUAGAGGCAGCUGGCAGAAGUUCACACUGGGGUCAUGAUAAGAAAUGUAUAAUCAGGAUAUGGUUAUUGAUUCAUGUCCAUGAUGAUCCAGAUAAACAGUCAGCUGCAGUGGAGCGUCUCUGUCUAUCUCUCUCUCUCUCUCUUUUCCUCACAGAUGCACUCUGGAUGGUAACAGUUACUGUGGUUACCAGCACACGCUCUGUCUGUCAUUCUUAAAUCUCAUUUAGGCCCUUUAGUUUGCUGGGGCACUGUGGACUGGGUGCCUCAAGUGGGUGGCCCUGGUUUGAUUCCAGGCUGUGACUCCUUUCCUGCAUAUCACCUCCUUCUGUACUCUCUUCCCCAGUUUCCUGCUCGAUCUGCUGUUCAGCCCUCCACAAAUUAAAAGCAUAAAGACCCCAGAAAUGAACCCUUUAAUUGCGGUAUUGUACCCAGGAUUUAUUAAAAUGUAGGAAUAGUCUCAAAUGGUUUUUUUUUUUUUUUUUUUUUUUUUUUUUGCACCUAAUGAAACCAAAUAUUUCCCGUUCUUUGACACACAGCUACGUAUGAGCUGUUUUAAAGGUGCAGUGUGAAGAAACAGGAAUAGCAGUCAGACCCCUGACUGACACACCUGAUUCAAAUGAUCAGCUCGUUAUCAAGCUCUGUAAUGGCUUAAUAACGAGCUGAUCAUUUGAAUCAGGUGUGUUGGAGCAGGGAAACAUCCAAAACAUGUAGGACAGUGGGCCUCGAGGACUGGACUUGAGAACCACUGUGAUAAAUAAAGCUCAAUAUCACACACAGGCUGUAGAAAUCAAACUGGGCUGAAACGGCUUUAAAAGUCUGGUGGUUGUAAAAAAAUCAUACUGAAUUAACUUUAACUUAAGGUAAAAUGAAGAGUUUAUAUUCAAAAUACUAACCUCAUCUAACACCAGCCAUGUUUACAUGUCCAAAAUUUAUUAAUCCGAUUAAAAAUUUGAGGGGUUGGAUAAUCUGAAUCCACUGUUUACAUGGGUGCAAAAUCAAAUAAUCCCAUCAUUACGUGUGUAUACAUGCACUUAGUUUUAUUCAGAUUAGAAGCAUUUGGACAUGCGCAGAGUUGUCUUAAUUUCACUAAAACAACUGCAGAAGAAGAGUUGAAUUUAUGCCUGUGUUGUCAACAAACCAAAAAAGGCAGUAGUGGCUCACUCCAUCCAUCCAAUGCUCGAUGCUUUUUUUAUUCUGAUCGAGCAUUUAUUCCGAUUAUUUGUGCCCAUGUAAACACAGCUAAUGGCCCCAUGCUGGUUCAUCUAUCUGACCAUCUAACUCGUUCAUCUAACUAUUCAUUUCUACUAAACCGGUAAAGGUGAGGGUGCAGAAAUAUGUGUGCAGGUAAGUCUCUGAUACCUCUGUGCUCUGUUUUGUAUUCUUUGCAGUCACCCCCUUUUAAAGUGGAGUUAAAAUAUAAAACAGAGAAAGACAACAGCAGGGAAAAAUGUUUUUUUUUUUUGGUAGCAGAGAGCUCCUGGUUUAUCUGUGUGUGUUUGUGUGUUUGUAUGUGCAUGUGUGUGUAUACACCUUGUGAAGCCUGCAGGACAAAGAGCUCCAUAAAUAUAGCAGUUUCUAUGACACCAGUUGUGCUCCUCCCUGUUUCGAUGUGGUUGAAAUCAAUCCAGAGUGUUGCGUUUCAAAGUGAAAACAGUGAAUUUUUCCACACGAGAAGGUUUAAGACUGACUGACUCUCUGCUUUAAAAGAGCAGCUUACAGACGACGUGCACGCCAGCUGAGCUGACAGACACUGUGAUCUGUCUGUCAUCCUCCUCUUCUCCUAACUGAGAUCUGCUCCAUCUGCUGCUCUUGUUGAGCAGCCAAAUCCUUUUUAAAUUGCUCCUGUCUCUGAAUGAGACUUGUGGGAGUUGAGACGUGUGAGCAGAGUGGCUGUUGAUGGAGGAUCGUGCCAAGCUUUUGGAGAAGAUGUUAAACAAAUGUGUCUUCAUUUCUCUGGUCAUGUCGUGUCUCUCCUCUGCAGGUCGAUAGUGGAGGAGGCGAUGCAGUGCAAAAAGAAGAUCCUCCAGAAUGAUGGCGUGGUGACCAGCCCCUGUGCUCGACCACGGAAAGCAGGACACACACUGCUGAUACUGGGGGGCCAGACCUUCAUGUGUGACAAGAUUUACCAGGUACACCCAGACCUGCAGACCUGAUACUAUCUGCUCAUGGAUAAAAAGAGUUUGGCAGAGAGUGCAGACUGUAUGUCAGACUUGUUAGAGGGUUUGCACAUCCACUUACUGUCAGUGAAAAGGAGAUAUUAUUUCUCUGAUAUAAACAUUAAAAAACCUACAAGAAGCUCAGACACUACAAGAUCAGGGACUGAGUGAGCUGAGGAGAAUGAACCAACAGCUGGCAGCUUUAACCUGUCACUCAAAGAGGCCACGCCUCUAAUUAAACGCUAUGCACUAAUCCGAUUUAAAUGGAUGAAUUUAAUCCUUGACUUUAUGUAAACAGGUGAGUUUAAUCCCUUAUUUGAUGAAAACAGGUGAGUUCUAUAAAUUCAGUCCGUUCAGUCCUCCUGAACAGAGACAUGUUGAGACUGACACACACUAAAACUCUGCCUUUAGUGGUCACUGGUGGAACUGCAGUUUUUGACAGGCCAGUGUAGGCUGCUGCUUAGUAACGCCAUUAAACAAACCCAGUCAAUCUACAGAGUCCAUAAAACCCACAGAUGGUCCUUAUCUCCUCUGAAAAGCAUGGCUUAAGACAGCAGGAUUAUGGGUAAAUAUCCUUUCCACAUCAACCAAAAUAUGAAUAAACCUGAUAGAGGCAGAAACAGAGCACUGACACCAAUAUAAAGACUUCUUAUCUGUAUCUUCCUCCUCUUAAUGAAGAAUAGUCUUUCAUUUUCUACAACAUCUGGUCUCUGUAUUGACUCCAGGUCAUCCUCUGAUAUAAAGUGCAGUAACCUCUGUGGCUGAUGUGUUUGCAGGUGGACCAUAAAGCAAAAGAGAUCAUUCCUAAAGCUGACCUUCCCAGCCCCAGAAAGGAGUUCAGUGCCUGUGCGAUCGGCUGUAAGGUGUAUGUGACUGGAGGCCGAGGGUCAGAGAACGGGGUGUCUAAAGACGUCUGGAUCUACGACACUGUUCAUGAAGAGUGGUCCAAAGGAGCUCCCAUGCUGAUAGCCAGGUGGGCUACAUCAGUUGUAUACAGCAGAGGCCUACAAGCGUAGGACUGCACAAUUUCAAUUAGGAGGAGCAAAUUUCUGAAUCAUAGAAAUCAGCAUCAGUAUUUUUAAAUUUUGUGAGAAUCUCAAAUCCAGAUCCAGAUCAAUUAUCAUGAAUACUUUAAUCAUGCAGCCCUAUGAGGUAUAUUCAGGUUUUAUAGAAAUGAUGGUCACUACACACACACACACACACACACACACACACAGUCUGGUAAUGAGUGUGUUUUCUCCUGCAGGUUUGGCCACGGCUCAGCUGAGCUGGAGAACAGUCUCUAUGUAGUUGGAGGUCACACGGCCAUAGCUGGAGUGUUUCCUGCUUCUCCAUCUGUCUCUCUAAAACAGGUCAGAACCUCCUUUAUCCGAACUCACUUUUUAUCUGUUCUCAUGAAUAAAUCUGUAUCUGCUGGUUUGAGAUCAGCUCUCUGUUUAUACCUCUGAUUAAAAUGUGACACCGUUAAAUGUAAUGGUGUGUGUGUGUGUGUGUGUGUGUGUGUGAUGUUUUCAGGUGGAGCGGUACGACCCCCUCAGUAAUAAAUGGACCAUGAUGGCUCCUCUCAGAGAUGGGGUCAGUAAUGCAGCUGUGGUCAGCGCCAAACUCAAACUCUUUGUGUUUGGAGGGACCACCAUCCACAGAGACAAGGCCUCGAAGGUUUGUUUGUUUGUUUGUUUGUUUAUUCAUGCAUUUACUACUCUCAUAAUUAUUAUGUAGUCUCAGCUGAUCUUCUGUUCAGCUAAACAACAAAGUACUAUGAAUGAACCCAGAACCUAAAAUUUAAACACCAGUGUCUUAACUCUAACGUGCACAGAGUUAAAGGACAGAGAGUUUGUAAGAAAACAAAGAAAUGUCAUCAUGUCACUGUUGUAUUAGAAACCAGCGAUUGUUCCACAUCAACCCCAGGGUUUUUAACAUGGAGGGGUGGCUCGUGUAAAUCAAACAUCCAUAUGACAAAACAAGAAAGGGAGUAAAUGACUGAGUGUUAUAAAGCAAAUUUCAGGAUAUCUGCAGGCCAAAAUGAUGGGCGAUGUUACUCAUUAAUGGUAGACGUGGAUAUUUGUGCUAAACUAAAGCUGUGGUAUGAAACUGACCAAAGGGAUUCAUGUCAGCUGUUUGUGUUAUAUCCAGGCUGUGGAUGUACUUUAAAGUGCUGUUAACAGCCAGCUGACAGUGCAGUAAACAUCACAUUGCAGUAAAAAUAUGAUGUAAUUUAGAGCUACACCGUAUCAAGAAAACCUGAUGUUAUUCUUUGUUACCAGAUGAAUGUGAGGAAGUGCCUGUUAACAUGUUUGGUAUUUAGGAAACAGUAAUGAGAGGGAAUGAUUAACUAGGAUGAAAUAGUGUAAAUGAGACAUCAUCCACGACCUCUGUGUCUAUUAUUGUUUCACAUGUGGCCUCUGACUACAAAAAAACAUUCAACAUAAAUGGAGCUUCAUUUGAUUUCACCAAACCGAUGUGAAAGCACAAAUAUCAUAGUCAGGUCUCCAUGUAACACUGAGAGUAUUGCAGUAAUGAUAAACUGUGAUAUAUUGUUGAGCUUGAUCUGGUUCUGAUCAGGACUUUAUGUCCGUGUAUUCAUAACAAAAGCUCCUGAGGUUCAGGACCCGGUAGAUUGAUCCAAACCGGAGCUGUUUAGCUGGGGAAUUAUGACAUUGUCACAUACAUGCUGUUGUGAGUGAUCAGCAGCAGCACAGUUGUGUGCACGCAUGCCAGUGCGAGUGAGUUGCUAUGGUUACCAGGACACUUUGUCACUCAUCACUCUUGUGUGCGCUGUGCUUCUAAAUAGAAUUAGUCACGGAUGAAUCAACUUCUAGUUUAUAAUUAAAUUUCAUUAUUCAUUACUGCAGAUGCACAAAACAAAAACAAGAUACUCAAAUUAUGUUAAAAUGAGAGAAGAGAGAGGAGCAGGGGGAAGCAGAUGUGUGUGUUAGUAAAGCAGAGGGACAGAGGGCGCAUGGUGAGGGAGAGGCUGGUAAACUACCACCUUAGCUCUUCCUUUUUCUGCUGUCUGGUUUUUCAGGGUCUUAGAGAUUGUUGCUCAGGCUGCUCUGAGCUCUACCUGGGAGUCUUUGCUGCUGCUCCUCCUGCAUCGACUUUUCAUGUCUGCACAUAUAAACAGAUAUUUUAGAAGUCCCUGCAUUGUCAAGAGCCAAUCACACUCUCAGGAUUAUUUCAGUUCAAAAUAGUUUUGUUUCUUUUCUCUUGUGCUUGAUGGAGACAAGUUUGAUUUUCACCUCACCUGUCUCCCCUGUUCUGUCCCUUUAGGUUCAGUGUUACGACCCCGUGGGAAACCGAUGGAACAUUGCGGCUGAAUGUCCCCAGCCAUGGCGUUACACAGCGGCGGCCGUGUUAGGGAGUCAGAUCUUCAUCAUGGGGGGAGACACCGAGUUCACUGCUGCCUCUGCUUAUCGCUUUGACUGCGACACCAAUCAGUGGACUCGAGUGGGAGACAUGACGUCCAAACGGAUGAGCUGCCACGCUGUAGCGUCAGGAAAUAAGCUGUAUGUGGUUGGGGGGUAUUUUGGGACGCAGAGGUGUAAAACGUUGGACUGUUACGACCCGACGUCGGACAGCUGGAACUCCAUCACCACCGUGCCUUACUCUCUGAUCCCCACUGCCUUCGUCAGCACCUGGAAACACCUGCCGGCCUGAGGGGGAGGAGCCAGAACUCCAGGUAGGGUCUGAGGAACACAUGUAACAGAUAAGAGAGCGGAACAAACACACUUUAAAUAAAUGUACAGAUAGGACCAGUAGAGUUCUGGUACUGAUUUAUACUGUGAGCCCACACUCAUCCAUCAACCACAGGCGUAAGGUCAAAGCUGGAUCAAAGACAUCUGUCAGUGUCCUCUCAGGCUUCCUAACACCUCCUCAGAUUUAAAGAAGAGAAAUACUGAACCUUUGAUGGAGUUUAACGUGAUCUGCUGAUGGAGGGGAACGAUGUGAAUCGGUCAGAGCUAAAUCAAAUCUGCAGAAACUCUCAGAGAGCCUGAGUGCUGCUGAAAGCUCUCAGGCUGACUCAGAUUCUCCUGCAGAGUAGAACUGAAUCACAGAGACACAGAGAGGUUUCAAGGUGAUUUACAGACAGGAGUAUGUGUAGGAUCAGAAAACAGACUGAUUCUGUCAUAAUCAGACAUCAAAUACUCUGUCAUGAAGAGUUAUUCUAGUAGGUAACAGUAGUAGAUGAGACUUUGACCGGAUUCCGCCUCUGUGGGUGUUUCUCCUUCCUCUGUGGACAGACUCGUUGAUUCUUUACAGGGAAACUAUGGCUUUAUAUUUAAUCUGACAUCACCAUGAUUUUAUAAUCUACAGACGUAAUGUUUUAUCAGUAAUGUGAUGCAGAGCUACCAGUGAAAGUGAGGGAGCAAGCAGUCUUGGUUGAUCUACAUAGAGCUGAGGUUAAGAGAGAGCGAGAGGGGAAACAAAGCAGCCAAAGUGGAGAUACGUGAGCUUCUGAUCACUUCACAGCAGCACUCGUCUUUUUGUGUCACUACCUGUGGACAGUGAAGUUGAGUGUCUCCAUGUCCUCUCCUACAGGCAGGUUUUUUUCUUUCAGUGAUAUCCUUCUGAACUUUAGGAACGUUGUGAUGUAUUUCUUGACUAUGUAUUUUUUAGAGAUAGUACAGAUGUAGGAUGUCCCACUCCUCAGCAAUGCAACUGCAGAAAAUGAGAGGAAGUUCAGUGAUGUCCCCAGUGACUCAUUUUGACCUCACACCUGAACCCACCUGACCACAGUGUUGUCUGCUGUUAAGUAUUAACCUCCUUUCAAGAUCUGUUUUCCACCCUCCCAGCAGGAUGGUGUAUUUAAAGCUCCUGUGAGGAGGUUUUGAUUGGUUAUGAAUUAAAACGUUAAUGCAUGUCUGUGAUAUCAAAAAGAUAUAAAUCUGCUGAAACAGCAGAGCCUAGACUGUGCCAAAAACUCAGUCCAGUGUUAGUCCAGACAUCCUGCAGCUUCUGUUUAAAGUCUAGAUUUCAGAAGCUAUGAUAUGAGAGCUGUAUUGUAGAACCACUAUGAGCUUUUGUUUCUCUUUGUCUGAUAGAUAUGAGCAGUCUGCAAAGAGGUGAACUCAAUGACCUCUACCAGGGAAGCAGCUGUGUAUAAAUAUCCACCAUCCACAUCCACCCAGCAUCCUCCUCCUCCUCCUCCUCCUUCUUCUCCUUCAAAAAUUCAUGCUCUCUUUUUGUAGAGCAGCUUGUGUAUAUCUUCCUGGUUCAUCCCGUGUGUACACAUCUUAUUGUGCCAGUGUGUGUGGUGUCCUGACCUUUUCCUGUGUGUCAGCAGCAGUGAUGUAAUGCUGGAGAUGCUUCAUAACUAUAAUUUAGAGCCACUCUGAGCACUCAGUGACCCCCUCCUCCCCCGAGCACACACUUAGUCAGGCUAAUUGAGACCUGGCUGCUCAGUGUUCAGUGUUUGUCUCUGUUUUUAUGUUCAUCAUUUAUUCAUCAUGCAAACAGGAAAUGAGGCAGAGACUUACUAACCUGUGAAAACAGAUUCUUCUUGUAUUUUCAUUAAUUCAUUUGAACAGGAGGAGAGCAAGCGAUCUGCACAAACAGUAAAGUGGAGCAGUGAAGUGCUUAUGCACCCCAUUCAUUUUUCAGCAUCAGAGGUUGCUGCUUGUUUUCAUGGAUAAGUCCAGGAUGUAGAGUACAGUCGCUUAGAUCAGUAUUCUUCACAUGUUUAGUAGACACCUGGAAUUUCAUCAUCCCAGCCGAACCCCAGUCAGCCAUCAGAGGAACCAAAACGCCCUUCAUAGAUAGAUAUACUUUAUUGAUCCCAAACUGGGAAAUUCACAUGUUACAGCAGCAAAAAAAAUACAAAAUAAAAUUAAAUCAUGUUCAGUUUGUGUUUGUUUGAUGGUAAAUCACUGCAGUUUUCUGUUGGCUAGAGCUAGGGCUGGGCGAUAAAUGAUAACGAAAUAUAUAGAAAAUUAAUUUCCCUCAAUAUCAAUAUAAAACAUGGUCAAUAUGCUUUUCGAUAGUCGGUAUUCUGCCAUGUUUUGGUAGACUAUAUGAAGAGCCAAUGUGUAGUAGCAACUGUGUAGUAGCCGACACACCUGAUUCAAAUGAUCAGCUCGUUAUCAAACUCUGUAAUAGUUUAAUAACGAGCUGAUCAUUUGAAUCAGGUGUUUUGGAGCAGGGAAACAUCCAAAACAUGCAGGACAGUGGGCCUGGAGGACUGGACUUGAGAACCACUGAUAUAGACUGAUAUGAAAAAAAUACAUUGUAAUGAACUUUUUCCAUAUCACCCAGCCCUAGCUGGAGCUCUGUGUCCUUAGUUAGGGUGUUAAAUCCACUCCAGACUCAGACUGAAGGUUCAUGAAGAUUAGACCUCAGGUUGUUCCUCAGUAUUGAUUAUCAGUCAUUUCUGAGGCUGAUAUGUGGAACAGAAAUGUAUUGACAGUAAAAAUGAAAACUUCAAAGUUGUUAAUCAGACUCCAACACUCUGGGUCUGACUGACUGUCCACAUGUGCAAAGUGUUUUAGUGCGCCAUCAUGUUUCUCCACCUGUCCACUCCUCAGCAUCCACCCAUGCUGUCUGGGUAGAAAGGGAUCUUGUGCUUCAUGGUAACACCUGUGGUUAUGUUAGUCAAAGAGAGGAGUGGCUAGGUGCAAAGGUGGUGCGGUGCAAUGAAAAGGAAGACCAUGUCUGCACCCUGGACCAACAUAAACCUGGUCCAGAUUCUGAAGCCAGCAGUGCAGUGCUUCACUAACCAUUAGAGUCUACAUCAGUGAGAGAGUGAAAAGGGUGUUAGAGUUGACAGCCUGAUUCGCUUAGACUCUAAACACAAACAGGGAUGCACAGCUGAGUAUCUGUUUUUGUCUGCAUCUGUCAUGCUGUCUACUAUCUCCCCCUAACCAAAAGAUGUCACAGUGCUACACUGUGAACGCUCUCUUCAUAACUGAGACAUUCAUUUCAAAGGUGUGCAGUAUUUGCGAGGUUAUUGCUUUAUUUAGAGAGGAUAGGACGUUGGUCAGAGCAGAAAAUGAGGAGAGAGAGAGAGAGAGCAGUGAGUGAUGUGGAGAAAGACGCACGUAAUCCGCCAGGCCAGAGACACCUCUGAGACGUAUUUUUUAACAAUCCUUAAACACGGCCUUUCUGUUGGUGACACUGACCACAGUGCUCCUGAAUAUUAAUGGAUACUUAAAAAUCAAUCCAUGCGAUCCAGCAGCCUAAAGAAGUCGAUAAAGACCAACAGUUGACCUUUCUAGUCAGACAGGAUGCAGGCAGCUCAAUGCCUUUUCCAUUUAAGUAGACGGGCUGAAAUCCACUGAGUAGCCUGCAGCGCUCCUCUCAGCAGGGACCUCUGAUUCUUACAGCUAAUGAGAGCAGACACACCAGAUUGUGCACUACUUAAAUAGGACAUAUAAUAGGCACCAUAAAGUUUCGACUAACUUGGUUGAAUAAAGGUUAAAUAAAAAUAAAAUGAAUUGAUGGACUCCAAGAGUAGGAGUGGGAAUCACUAGUGGCCUCACAAUACGAUAUAAUUACGAUACUUGGACCAGGAUACGGUAAAUUAAGUAUUGCACUACAAUAUAUUGAUAUUUACACAAUUUUUUAAACUGUUUAGCAUUUAGCAUUUGUCUUUCCUUUAUGUUUGUCUUAUUUACGCUGUAUUUUAUUUUCAUGUAGCACAUCUUGCAAACCUUAUAUGUAUAUAUUUGUUGCACUAACUUUCUCCUGCUCUAUGAUGUCACCUCUGCCAACCUCAAUGGAUAACCAGUUUACUUUAUUUUUCCAUUUUCAUAGAUUUGACUUCACAUUAGCAAUUCACAUUUGAAAAAUCCAAGCUUGGUAAAUGAGACAAUACAUCACCUGACAAAAUAUCGCAAUACUAUGCUGUAUCGAUCUUUUCUCCCACCCUUAUCCAACUGGUGACAGAGCUGCAGAUCAGAAAUACAAUACUCUGAGAGAAGUUAGACUAAACUGGGAACAUAAAACUAUAAAGAGGGGCGCAGACCCAGAGAAACAGCUGUAAUAAGGAGCUUGACCCUGAUGAAAAAAAAACUCUGGUCCUGAUGCAGGAGUCCAGACUUUGACAAGACUGUAAGAAAAGAGCCAUCACAGCUUAACAUCUUUACUAAUUAUUACGGCCUCAGAGUCUCCCUGCUGCCUGUCAUCUCCACUCCUACACACAUACAAAGAGAGUUUUAUAAUCCACAGCUCAAACGUUCCUCUUAGAUCGCCCUCUCUCUCAUAGACAGUUCUUUCUUCUGUUAAUGCUGACAGCAGAUUAGUCUGUUCUGCUGCUCGAGUCUAUUCCUGUCUGCAGAGCAGCAAGUGUGCUGUUUGUCAGCGAAUGUGUGAGUCACUGUGAGGAUUAGCAGAAUUAUCAGAGAGCUGUCUCUGAAGCAGAUGAUAUUACUGAGAGAGGGUCCCAUAAAUACUGCGGAGCCGAGGAGUCUUUGAAGAGGAGAAAAAGGAGAAAGAGGAGGUUCAAACCAGGAAAUCUGCACAAACCGCUCAGUGUGUCUGCAGAGAAACUUUCUCAAAGUUUGUUUCAUCCUAAAUCCAACAUCCUGAAACUCUCUCAAGUGCAAAAUAUCUCUCUUUUACAGAAAACCCAGAAUAAAUGAUACACAAAUGUUUUCCAACCUUUGAACCAGACAGUCUGAGGAGCUGUGGCUGUGCAAGAGAGGUGCACUACAUGGCAGUACCAAUAACUCAUAAUAUGCAGCUCCUCAUGGUGAAUACAGAGAAGAUAACUGAAAUCAAGUGCACCUAAUGGAAGAAAGGCUCAGUUUCAGAGUCUGAGUUCAAACUUAGGUCUGUGACGUUGUUGUGGAUCAGAUUGUGAGUGUGUGCAGAGAGGGGCAGACAGGGAGACGACCAUCGGGAUACUGUUUCUAAUACACUAUUAGCUGCUGAAAUCCUCGGUCUGAGACCUCAGGAAAAGAUGAAUCAGAUCUGGUCUCUGCUGAACUUUCUGCAGGCCUUAAUCUCUGCUCUACAGCACUGUGGCUACUGCUGCUUUGUGUGUCUUUAACAGAUCAGAACCAUGACCAGAUUUAUUGUCAAGAAGGUUUACACCUGUGAGGGAUUCAUCUCUGUGUUUGGGUGUUGAAACAAUAUAUAACAGGAUAAUAACAGAAAAAAAGGAAAACGGAAAAGUAAAAAUAAAGUAAUACAUAUAUAAGAGGAGAGCAGGGAAAAGAGCACGAGGAGAGUUGGGAGAGGAGUCUCUGGAAAUGAUCAAUUAUUGAUGACUUGGUAAUGUAACUCAGAUUUUUACAAUAUACAUGUUAUUCCAGAACAAUGUUGACAGAAACAUUUCAGAACAUAUGAAGGUACAAAUUUGAAAACUAGUUAACAGGCUGAAUAUCAAUAGAACAGACAUAUGAACAUAAUCUCUGCCGACAUCCUGUCAUACAGAGCGAGACUCAAACCAGAGCACUUCUUCAGAUCCGCAGUGUUCUGUCCAGUGUUCCAUCGAAGAGCAUCAAAUACAUGUGACUCCUUAGAUUUGAUGCCGUGCCCCGUUGAUAAAAGUUUAAGCAUGUUGCUGGUGUUUCUACCUUUGCAUGUGAUCAGUGCUCGACAAAUGUUGCACUGUUGUUGUCUUUUCUUAGGAAAAUUAAGCCACGCUUUAGCUCAUUUCUGCCUGCUUUUCGUACCGUCCACCAUGUCAUUUUCUCUAUCUCCGUUCCUGGUUGUGUAGACUGGCACUCGCGAGACCGUUUUUAAAGGCACCCGGAAGAAAGGAUUCAUUAAGGGAAUCAUUAAGAUAAAUGAUGGUAAAUGAUGUCGAUGGAUUGAACCAUUUGGAACUGGUCUCAACAAAAACAGUUCUCGAUUCCCAUCUCUACAUGUGCAACACCUUGAGCAAGCUAGUUGACACCGUUUCAAACUUGCAGCACUAUUCUGAUAGCAGAGCAUAAUACAAAACUACAUGCUGUUUUUCUCUGCCUGAUAGACAAUCUAACAAAAUGCAUAAUUAAGUAUAUUCUCCAUAAACUCUAUGAAAGAAAUUUGAACCCUGCUCUGGACCUAAACUACCCCCACACAUCCAGUCAGUCCCUCUGUUCGUUCCUGUUACAGCAGCAGGAGAGCAGAGGUGUGACAUUUACAGCAGGUAUUGUAACACAUAGUCUGGUUACACUAUACAAGCAACGUGUUAUAGAGAAGUCUCACCCUAUAUCCUCAUGAUCACCUGCAGCAGACUCUGGUAAACUUUUACUGAGAUAAUUUCUAAUAACACAGUCAGUGUUUUAGCACACAGACACACACAGACAUGGAGCUACAGUGAUGUUUAUGUACAAGAGAACAGGACAGGAGGGUGUUACCACUGAGGAGACAGAGCUCAUAACGAAAAGGCCGUGUUCACUCCAGUCUCAGUGCACUUUAGGUUAUAUGAGUGUGAGCUGCUCAAACCUGCUGAGGAAAACAGAGCAGAGAUUUUCAUUUGACAGCAGCCAGUGUUCCUGAUGCUACUUUAAAAAUCAGAUUGUACAUUAACAGGCUGGCUUUAUGAUACCUCCUGUAUUUGUAUGAAAGAUGAAAUGUACCUGAGGAUUUUCAUUCAGGUAGUUUUGAGAGCUCCCUGCCCUUCCACCUGUGUGUAUGCAGAAUACAAAAGCCUGGCAGCAGCAAAGACCCCGGGGUACAGAACAGAGCAGCGUCACUGACUAAACCACAUGACAGCAGUAAAAUCAGACACGGCAUAAAAAGGAGGAGCUGGAGGGGAGUGGGUGGAGCAGCAGCAAAGACACCUGGUUUUUCAGAGGAAGCAGGAAUAAGAAGCGAUAAAGCAGACAAACAUUUUCACAUUUCAUGAUUGGAUGGUUAAAGGUAAUCAGCUGAUCAGCUAAAAUCAUCUGAUGCACGGUGGGCAGAGCUUGACUUUACAGCCUGCCUGAACUAGCACUGUGCACAGUUGUUGUUUUGAAGCAUUUAAACAGAAAUAAUUUUUGUUGAAAGGAGUUGAUUUUUGUGUAGAUGAAGAUCUCACAUCACCCUUAGACUGGAAGUCUCCUGAUAUAGAGUUUUGACAGUAUCCGGAUUGUUUCUGGCUCCAGUAUCAUUCAAAAAACUUCUGCUGAAUCAACAGAAAGAGUGACUUCACUCAUGGGCUGAUCACUGAUUGAUUUUGCUCCUGUUUUCCUCUUUUGUCUCUCCAGGUGUUGAAGGUUAUCCAGCUUGAGGAGGAUCUCUGAGACUCCACACAGGACCAACAGGACUGACCCCUUACUCUCACAGACUCGGAAUCAGUCCUGAACCACUGCACAGUAUCUUCAUACAAAGAGAGAGAGAGAGACUCUGAAUCUGAAGCUUCCUUCAUAAUGUGAUCAGACUGACUCACACCGACAGUGUUUUUCUUCAGUCUUUUCUCUGAGGCCAUGUUUCAUUCAUGUCUUAUUAAUCAGCAGAUUAACCACUCUGUGUAAAGACAUCAGCUGCGACGCUGCCACAUCAACACAUGUACAUACUGCCAUCCUAUCCCCAGACUGCAUUAUUAUACAGGAAGUGAGGCAGGAACGAACUCCACACUCACUGCACACCUGUUGCUACACUGGUCUAACGGUAUGACCCUCAUUUCUACCACAGCUGCACCAAGACUGAGUUCAUGGAAGAAAUGAUCCAGACAGCCUGAAGAUAAGUUCAAAUACUUUACAUCAGAUAAGCUUCAGGUGGGGAUUUUAGAAAAAGGAUCAGUUUUGAACAUGAGGGUGUGAAGGUGUGUUCAGACCAAACACAAACACAUAAACUGAAUUUACUGCAUGACAAAUUUACAAAAGACGUCAAUGACAAGAGACGUUCAUUCAACUGACAAACAUUUCUAAAGUAGUCUUCUUCUCCUCUUGAGGACAGACCUGACAAAGCUGGACUUUGGACUUUUUACAUAUCUGCAUCAUGAUGUUGUUAUUUCAGCAAACUAAAGACCUGUUCAUGAGGAGAACAACACAAGGACAUCAGUUUGUGUUUCAGGUUCAUGCUGCUGAAGGAAGACAGAGUGAAGCCUCUGACAGACUGUUUACAGAGAAACUGAGACUCUCCACAGACAGAUGAACAGUAAACUAGAGUGAAGACUGAGUGUCUCUCAGCAGGAAGAUCAUAUUCAACUGAUUUUACAACAAGAUGAACAUUUUCCUUCUCCAGAUCAGUUUUUGAGAGGGACUUUUUAAACUUUACUUUCUAAAAUAAUAAAAAAUGAUGAUCAUCACAACUGGGUCAACUAUGAUGAUAGCUGAUGCAGGAUUUUUUAACAACCAUGUUUAAAUCCAUAAACGAUCCCAUUUUUCAAACUCUAUAAGUUGACAUUCAAAACAAUUCUUAAGCUCCACUGAACAGACCCCGAAUGCAUCACUCUGUGUCCACCCAUGGUCGUGAGACAUAUGACCAUCACAGCAUGCCAGCUGAGUGGUCCUGGAGUAUCUCAAAGUGACGUGUUCAAUGCAGAGCACUGUGGUGUUCACAGAAUGUCGCUACAGAUUAUCUACAGUGUGCUGAAAAGGACAAAAUGGCACACAAGGAAAAAAUAAUUUCCAACCUUGAUCAUGUCAACACUUUUUUUCUCAGACCUUUUAACCUUGUAAAACCAGCUGAAUAUGGAAAUACAGAACAAGUUUUUUAUAUAUAUAUUUACGUAUAUCUCAGCCAGACAUGUAGGCAAGAACAAACUGAUAUCAUAUGUGUUUUUGUAUUUUGUGAGAGACCAUGUGAAAUGCAAGUUUAAGACCAAGAAGAAUUAGAGAGGGAUUAUUGUAGGAUCACAUUUUUCCUUCACAGGAGUUUCUUAUUCUCAAACGCCACCUGAGCUCUAAAUACAGGUGUGAACAAAGGAGCACUUCAGGCCAGAACAGAAGUAUAUUUCUAAAUGAAAUAUGAUCAAAUGUGUAAAAAGAGUGACGCCCUGGUUAGGAGGAUAACUUGAACCUUUUUUCUCCCCAUCAUCAGACUCGUGACAGUUUUCAGGUAUAUCACUCUGUGACUUAAUUUUCAGAUGACAGUUGUUUAUUGUUUUAGCUAUUUCUUAAAAUAACUAUCAUAGCUCCUCCUUUGCUGGAGAAUGGCGCCGCCUACUUCUAUGCUGGACGAUGUCACCAUCACCACCCUGGUGUCUUCAGAAGCCUGGAGUCUAAAUAUGAGACGAUCUCACAUCUCAUUUUUAAUAUGAGAGACGAAGGAGGACUGUGGUUGAGAGGAAAUCUUAAGGACGUGAUGACUUCAGAUUUGACAACUGUGUUUUGUUUCGGUUUUUUACGUCAUAUCUACAGGGUAGACCUUUUGUAUCUCCUCUGACCUUGUGCAGUUGAUGCAACAUUUCCAACAUUAUCUUUGUGUUUGGUCUGAACUCAGCUGAGUGGUGUUUGCAGAUUCAGCUUCACACUUCUCUGAAAUGACUCAUUUAUCCUCAUCAGUCCAGAACAUGUUUGAAAAGCUCUUAAUGAAUCAGGACGUGUGACCCGGUUCCAGAUGUUAAAGCCCAUGGAUUGUUCUGAUCCAAAUUGAGGCUCACUUAGUUAGAAUGAACCAAAGUCAAACAGUUCAGCUGAAGUGCCAACACAGAAACCCGGACUUGGAGACUGAUCCGCUCCAGGUUACAAACCGUCUUAACUUCACGUUGACUUAAUUUUAUCCUUCUGCUUGACCAGCUGAAUCCAGUUUAGGGCCUAAAUAUCUCUGAGCCUCAUGUUGAGACUCUGCUGGUGUGUACAGCGACACAACUUACUUCUUAUUUUUGCCUUUUCAGAGUUUCACCUCUGCUGAGCUUUAAAAGGACAUUUAAAACUCAUUUAAGUGAUAUAAAGUGUAAGGAAACACCCGGAGCACAGUCUGUAGAUUAAAAAAGAAAGUGCACACGUGUUGGUUUGACAUGCACUUGGUGUUUGAAGAACAUGUGAAAUAGUGACACUUAGCUGUGGAGGUUUUCCAAGUCUUUCUUGCGGACAUGAUGUUGUUAGUGUGAGAAGCACAGAGCGGCGUGGUGCAGAGUGUCCUGCAGAAACAUAUCCGCCACUGAACCCUAAACUGAACCCUACUUUUCUACAACACUAUGCACUUUUGAUAUGCAUCCAUUAACAGUGGAGUGUAAAAUAGUCCCUGCAUGCUGGAGGCUCCAUCAGCUGUUAUCAUGUAAAAACAGGCACAAUGUGGACGUUCAGGUUUCUGCAGGACACAGGAGCGUCACAGCCGCCUCAUGUCACGUCUCUGUACAGUAUUUGCUGGAGUUUUUAGUCUUUUGCACUCGUCUAAUUGUCGUCAGAGCUGCCAUUUGGAGACCCGGGUCUCAGUUUCAUCUGCCUUGAGUUUGAUUCCAGAGGUGUUUGAAUACUCUGCAGCUGUUCUUUAGACUUUAAGAAGUGAAGAUGUUAGUGUUUUUGCCAGAAGUGAAGAUUUUAGGAAUGAUUUUAAAGGAACUUCUUUGAGGAUAAAUUGUUGGAUACUGGAUGUUUUUACUGGUGAAAUAAACUUUGACCCACUUUUUAAACUCUGUGAA